CUGACAAAGAUUAAAAGUAUAUCAAAAAGGCAAAGGCAGAAUGUAACUAUCGUACGUUGAAAAAGAGAAAGUAAGAAUAGAAAGGAUGAAGAAGAAAGGUAAAAAUUGCAAAGAUAAGCAUAAAGUAUACUUUAUGUGAGGAAGCAGAUGUCAUUAAAAAAGAAUUUCUUUUUCAAGAAAAAAAAAAUAAUUCAAUUCUUUUUUUUUUUAUUUUUUGUUCAAAAAGAAUAAAGUAGAUGGAUGGAGAGAAUGUGUAAAUGUUAUUAAUAGUGGAAAUUUGAUCAGUCAAAGUUAAAACAACAUAAAGAUAAAGCGAAAUCUAUUAUCUGCCAUUUCCCAUUGAAAUUUCAGUAUUAUAAAAGGAACGGGUUGAAUGAACUAAUUAUCCAUUUCUGACUCUUUAGUAGCAGUGUACAAGGAACUACAAAUCAAACCAAAAAUGAAAUUGUUGAUUGCUCUCGCCGCUCUCGUUGCUGUCGCUUAUUGCACCACCACUCUUCCAACCACAACCAGAGCAUGGGGAUGUCCCGCCGACAACUUUUGCCAACCAGGCAGUCAGAUUUGCUGCUGGCACGAGCCAACCGUUUCUGGUUGUUGCAACGCCGGAUUCAAAUGCUGUCCAUCAAUCAGAGGAGAUGAACACGACUGUUGUCCAGUUGACGAGACUGCUUGCCACGAAAAUGGUUCCUCCAACUGCUACUACAACAUCUUGAAACACGCUUAAACUGCUCUUUCAAUUUCAAUAAAUUUCAUUUAAAAAUCAAUCUCUCUCUUAUUUAUUAUCCACUUUUCAAUCAUCUUUCUUUUCUACAUAGUUCUCUUUUCUAUUUCAUCCUUCCUUCCUUCCUGCCUUCCUUUCUAGGGUAAAAGAAGUAGCCGCGCUUUUGCCCUUCUCUUUCCCAAGUUAAAGUAAUAAAGACUUAAAGGAGUAUUAAACACUUUAUAGUUAGAAAGUAAAAGGAUGACGUAUUACAACAGGAAACGUAAAGUAAAGGAAAUAAAAAAUAAACUAGGUGACGGAUUGAAAAUUGAUUAUAAAGAGAACAAACGUAUGCCGGCUGUCAUAAGAUAUUUAGAAUAAAUUGUAUUGAUUAAAAUUGAUAAACUAUCUGUUUUUAUCCAUGAAGACAUGGACAACGCCUUUCUCAAAUAUUCCGUGUUUAGAAGGAGGAAAGUGAAUAAUAAGAGUGAAAUGGUGAAAACAUUUUCCUAUUAGAGAAAAGUGAAUUGUAUUAAAC